GCGCCGUAUCCACCGCUGGCAUCUUCACCGAGGACAGUAGCUCAUUCGGUGCAGCCGCCGGCGGGGAUGCUGCCGUUGGUACCUUGCCCUAGCUGCGGCAUUCGGUCUACAAUUCGUCUUGUGUCAAAAUCGGAGACAAAUCCUGGCAGGAUUUUCUACAAGUGCCCCAAUCAUCAUAUUCCACCAAAUCCUUGCCAACAUUAUUACUGGGAAGAUGGACCAGACAACUAUUUUGAUUUUUUGGUGAGAGGUGGGUACAUCAGCCAUGGAUUGAGCAGUUUUGAUUCGGCUGGUGUCAUUGCAAGUGAAGAGAUAGAAGUGCAAGAGGAAUGUGCAGGAGCAAUGCAGAGCACUGUUGAGACUGUGGUGAAUGCGGAUGUACUGAAGAAGAUGAAUGAGCUUAUUUUUCUUUGUAAGAGUAUUCUCAGUGCACUUGUUGUAUUGAUUGCAGUAGUGGUGUAUGUAGGUUUUAAGAAGUGAUGUGGUAGUGAUGUAUCCAGUGUUGAUGUAUGCACUGUUGAUUUAUCCAGAUCUUGAUCAUGUACUGUGGUAAUGAAUUUGAAGUAAAA